AUGGGAAAUGCGUCUAUCGAAUGCGAUAAUUCUCGAAAAAUCUUUGAAGAAAUUCAGGGGCGUCGUUGGUAUAAUGUGUAUCGAGCACUGAAAAAGGGAUUCGAUGUUAAUGCUGACAUUGAGCCAGAUAUUGACCUGAAUAUAAUCGAUAAUUAUGGGCAAACAGUUGUGCACUAUGUAAUAAGGAACAAAAGUAGUCUUUUCCUCAACAGUGGGGAGCAGAAAAUUGAAUUAAUUAAAUUGUUUUUAAAGACAGGCCUGAAUAUUAAUACUCAAAAUGACAUUGGUAGACCCAUUAUACAUGAAGCUGUAAAGAGUGGCAAUGAAAAAUUAGUUAAGUUCCUUUUGAAUUAUGGUGCAGAUAUGAAUGCUGUUGAUAAAUUUGGACAAACUGCACUUCAUAUCGCUUUAGACAAAUUUCAGGAACCUAUAGUGGACAUGUUUCUUAAUUAUAAAUUUGAUGUGAAUUCCCAAAACAAAGAAGGGGAAUCUUUGCUGUUCUCUGCAUGUCGAGCUAGACAUGAGAAAGCUGUUAAAAAACUUUUAGAGUUAAAGGUUUUUAGAGUCAAUCAAAUUAAAAAUGGCAAAACAGUUCUUCACAUUCUGUGUUCCUAUUCUCAAAGUGAUCUGACAGCUAGACUUGUCAAAUAUCUCUUGGAUUAUAAAGCAGAUAUUGAUUGUGUUGAUGAGUAUGGUUGUACCCCUUUACAUUAUGCAUGUCAAAGUUGCAAUGAAAAAGUCGUUAAGUUGCUUUUGAAACAUAGAGCCAAAGUAAAUCAUGAAGACAAAGAACGGGCAACUCCUUUACAUUAUGCUAUUGUAAAAAAACAAUUGAAUAUUGUACAGUUAUUGUUAGAAUAUGGUGCAAAUGUAAAUAAAUGUUACAAAACACAUUCCAGUCCACUUUUUCUUGCUGUAAAUUUGACAGACUUACAUUCAAAUUUUUCUUUUGGAUAUAAUUCUAAGGAUACUGUUGAAAUAAUUGAUUCCUUAUUGAAAUAUGGUGCAGACAUUAAUAUUCAAGACUGGUGUGGAAAUACGGUAGUCCAUGUUGCCUGCAAAUCAAGAAAAGAUGUACUUGGCAUUUUACUCAGUUACAAUCCUGAUUUUAAUAUUGCUGAUGAGUCUGGCCUUACACCAUUACGUUUGCUGGCUGAUCAACUGGAAUAUUUUCAUCUGUAUGAUUCUCAAUAUAAUCAGUACUCUGCUAUGUUUUCAAAAUUGCUUACUUACAUAAUUAGCAUGCAGGCUGCAAAUGCGCAUGUCAGUCAACAAAAUUUAUUAAUUAUGAAACAAGAGGAUAUUAGGAAAUGGUGUCCUGAUAAAAGUUUGGAGGACUGGAAUGCACUAUAUGAUAGAUGUAAAAAGUUGUUGAUAGGUCUUAAAAAAAGGUUUCCGGGUACAAUAAUCUCUUAUUAUGACAUUUUAAUCAAAGAUGUGAAAGAAAUAGCCAUGUAUGUUAAUGAUAAUAACGGUGAAUUUCCUAAACAUCUUGAGAAUUUUGAACAUUAUCGUAAUAUUAUUGAAGCUAAAAUAAAUCAAGCAUUUGCAAGAAGAAAUUUAUUAAAUAAAAUUUCUACGGUAUUUAAUUUUCUUUUUACAGAUUCCCCUUGCCUACCUCAAUUAUGUAUUGAGGAAAUUUGUUCGUAUUUAAGUAAUUGUGAUUUACGAAGUGUUUUAAUUGUUUUCAAUGAUAUAACUGGAAUAGUUGAUUUAAAAAUGAAUGAUGGUACAAAGAAUAUAUUUUAUAAUAUAUUAAACAAUGAAAUAAGAGGAAUCAAAAUUCGUAAUUUGCCGGAAAAGCAUUUCAAAAUUUUCCAUCCUAUUUUCGCAAAUCUUCCUAAAUUACCAUCAAACUGUAUGAAAAACAUUUGCUGUAACUUAAGUGACAAUGACAUAAGAAAUUUAUUAAAUAUAUGUCAAGCUUCAUCCAUUCAUUCAAUCUGUACAGAGGUACAAGAAGAUGCUGGAAAAUUUUACUCUAAAAGUUCAAAAAAACUCAGGUUAAUGUAGUUCUUUAUUGAAAUUAUGAUUUGCUUCAUUUGUAUUGCAAA